CAGUAUCCGAUAGUGCUUUAGCCUUAACUUUGCCCACCUCAACUUCCACUUCAGGACAUUCCAGAACUGCUCUCUCAAAAAUCCUCUCACGAGUAAGGGUCCUUUGAGCCUUUAAAGUCACCUCGGGUUGUGGCAAAACAGUCGGGAAUCACUGGAGCACACAGUGUGUUUCAGGGUCGCAGUAUCAGUCGUUACUUCCUGCCUUUUCCCGCUCAGUGUCUUCCCUGUGUCCCUUGCGCUCGCCAGAAAACCCCAGCAAAGACUACGGCUUCUGCUGACAGACCCAAAGCCUGCGCUGCCAUUAUCACCUGGCUACAAAUAUUUAAUGAAUUCAUUUUCUGUUAUUUUCCAUUUGCUUAAUUAUAACACGCUGUGUGCUCUUCUACCACCAGCUCUCAUAUUUCACAACUGGGCUGCCACUUAUUGUUUAUUCAUCACCUGUCUUGACAAGGUGUCAGGCUUCUGUGUGUUGGUGUGAAAAUGAGAAAGCGCAUGACCUCAGCUUUCCAAAACAAGACUCCAACACACGGUGGCUGCCUGCACGCUUGAUUGCGUCACUCAUUGACAAGCAUUAGAGAUUCUAGGACACACGUAUGAGUUCAUGCGCAUCUGAGACUGGUGGAAAGUCACAGGUGCAGGUCUGCUUCACGGGCUCCAUCACACAGGCAACAGGCGCAGAAAUGAUCUCAGCAACGUCCAGCACCGUGGAGAUGGUUCCACAAGAAAAACGUCGAGCGAACACAGAGGAUUAUGUGGAGGAUAAGAACUCAGGAGGACUGGGAUGCUUCGGUUGGCUGCUGGUUAUCCUGUCCUUCCUCUUUGUCCUAGCAACCUUCCCAAUCACGCUGUUCUCGUGUGUGAAGAUAGUGAACGAGUACGAGCGAGCUGUGAUUUUUAGACUCGGACGGAUCAUAUCGAAGAAGCCUAAAGGACCAGGGCUUUUCUUCAUUCUGCGCUGCACUGACACCUUCGUGAAGGUCGAUCUAAGAACUGUGUCCUUUAACAUCCCUCCACAAGAGCUUCUAACAAAGGACUCUGUGACGGUGUGUGUGGACGGCGUAGUGUACUUUAGAGUGUACUGCCCCAUCUCAUGUGUGGUUAAUGUUUCCAAUGCCACCGAAUCUACACGUCAACUGGCUCAAACCACACUAAGGAAUGUGCUCGGUACCAAAAACCUGUCAGAACUGUUGUCUGACAGAGAGGGCAUUUCACACAGCAUGCAGGAAGCUCUGGAUGAAGUCACAAAGGUGUGGGGCAUCAAGGUGGAGCGUGUGGAGAUCAAGGACGUGAAACUGCCUCUGCAGCUGCAGAGAGCCAUGGCAGCAGAGGCGGAGGCCAGUCGGGAGGCCAGGGCUAAGAUCAUUGCUGCAGAGGGAGAGGUCAAGGCCUCCCGAGCGCUGAAGGAAGCAUCUCUGGUCAUUGCUGAGUCGCCCUCCGCUCUACAGCUGCGAUAUCUACAGACCCUCAGCACCAUCUCAGCGGAGAAGAACUCAACCAUCAUCUUCCCUCUGCCCAUAGAUAUCCUGCAGGGCUUCAUGCAGAGUAAAUGAUGAACACUAGCGUGAAGUGAGUCUCCUUAUGUCUGAUACAGUUAUUGUUGUUUUAGAAAUGUGUGUUCACUGCUCAAUUAUUCUGACAGCACUCCAAAUCUUCAGGUCAUCUGCUCAUUUUCAUGUCAUUUAAUACCUAAAUACAAUUCUGUAUCAAUUUAUUUAACUGUCAGUUCUGCAGGAAGACAGUUAAAUAAAUAGGACUUGUACAAGUAAGGUAGAAUAAUGAGUAACAAGCUUCCAUUGGACAAUGACAAUAUUUACAACAGAAAUGAUGUAAACAAUGAGCAGAGAUAGACACCAGACACUGGACUGGUGCAUCACCCUGGAUGUAAACUGUAAACCAAGAAACAUUCAGUAAACAAACAUGUCACUUCCAUGAGACAAAGAGUCAACGAGUGCAAGUAAAAGAACUGAUGAUGGUUUUAGGACACACUAAAAUCCAUCAGUGACUAAAAGCUAACAGUGAAAUGAACUCACCUACAACCAGGGCUUGCUGAAGCUGAUUUCCACCCUUAACAUCCCUCAGCGAUGGUUUUGUUGUAAGAUAAAGAGAUUUGGGUUCAAGGUCAAGGUCAUCACUCCAAGUAGCAUGGCCGGUGCUUUGCCUGACUUAGGGGGUUAUAUUUCCCUCAUCCGUUCUGCACACAUUUUCCCUUGUGUAGAUCCCUCUGAACUAGCUCAAGGGCAGCGCAGUGAUGCAGUGGGUGCAGCGACAAGGGCCUGGGUUCGAUUCAUGUUCGCCUGGUUUGCAUGUUCUCCCUGUGUUUACGCGGGUUCUCCGGCUUCCUGGUUCUCUGAGUCUAGCUGUAUUUGGCCUGAAUUCCCACACUCUCGAAUUGCUUGAGCAGUGAAGUUACACAGCUUGUAUUUAGCAUUAUAGCAUCAGUUAUAUCUCUACCACUGCGAUAUCAAAGAUCCUAAGGAAUCUAAGGAUAUGCCAAAUCAUGCUAGCUAUCACAUGCGGUGAGGUAUAAGCCAAAGAACAACAUAUGCUAAGCUAACUGCUAGCUAAAUAAACAAUGUAAACAAUAAAAUAACAUCACAUACAGCUCAUGUUAUUGGCAACCCAAUCAUAUUCUCUGUUAUUCCGGCGUUCUGGGAACUUAUCCAAUCACUCUCUUGCUUGUCUAAAGUGAUUUAUUGGUCAGCCAUUAUUAGUGGGUGGAAGUAGUGUCAAUAAUAUGUUGGUGAUUUUAUGCCAAUUGCAUAGCUUCUGAUGAGAAAAAUUACACCUCAUUGGUAACAGUCAGUUGUUGCUAGGCAAAAAUAUGGCUGAACAGACACCUGCCCCCCCACCUGCCCUCUGGUGGCCAAUGUGACAGAUGUUGACAAGCGCUAGAUAAUGACUGUAUGUAAAAGUUCUUUUUCUUUGUAAAUUGUUGUUUUUUUUAAAGAUGAAAUUAUAUUGUCAGUUUAUUUAUCCUUUAUUAAUUUCAGUUUGUCCUUGUGAAUUUUAUUUAUUGAACAAUCCUUAUUUGUUUUGCUUUGACACCUGUGUUACUGUACAUCGCCCUUUUGAGCUUCCUGGGUUUCCGUAGUCCUCACGUUCUCUCCGCUCUCAUAAUGCAACGGCUGAGGGUAGGUUGUACAGAGAAACGUGGCUCAUGUUAUUUUUAUGUUUUCUCAUAAAAAUGUUUUAGUUACGUUGUUGUUUUAUCAGUGUGUAAUUUUCUGUCUAUUAUAUUACAAUAAAUGUAGUUCUUUUGUUAUUUAGGACUCUUUUGUAUGGUUCGUUCGCUCAAAGUUAGCUUGGCGCCAUUAACUGCCUGAUAUUAGUCACUAAUGAAGCCCUGACAACUUUAAUUAGUGUACAAUUUUAUUUCAAUAUUUAUAGGAAGUGAGAUGUGCAGUACAGAUUCGGAGACAGGCUGUGUAUUGCGUUGCUGUCUUCAACAGGUAUUUGAAUUUAAUGAUUUUAAGUUACAUUAACUGCCUUACCUCGUGCACCACUGUUUGACCACCAAGUGGCACUGGUUUACUUUAAUAUAGAGAGUUUAGUUGAACUUUUAUGAAAAUGGUGUUGAAUUGUUGUUUAAAAGGAAAAAUUCUCCUGUCGUUUUGUUUAAAUAAACACCACUUGUAAUACUGUAG